AUGCUCAAUGCUCGAGCGCGCUCGGAGCUUGUGUUACAAGAGUCGCGAGCGUAGAACCCCGCAAAGCUGUUUAUUCUGCUUUUUGGCUGUAAACCACAUAGUUUAUUAAGUGGCUACCUUGCGGGAAAUCACGCCAAAAAUGGCAGACAAAGAAGUGUACGACGAUGCAGUGGAGGAGAGAGUUAUAAAUGAGGAAUACAAGAUUUGGAAGAAAAAUACACCAUUCCUGUAUGAUCUAGUCAUGACACAUGCACUUGAGUGGCCGAGUUUGACGGUGCAGUGGCUUCCUGAUGUGAACAGGCCUGAGGGAAAGGACUACGUGGUUCAUCGGCUGGUGUUGGGCACACACACUUCAGAUGAGCAGAACCACUUGGUUAUCGCCAGUGUUCAGAUCCCUAAUGAUGAUGCUCAGUUUGACGCGUCCCACUACGACAGUGAGAAAGGAGCAGAAUUUGGAGGGUUUGGGUCGGUGAGUGGAAAGAUCGAGAUUGAAAUUAAGAUCAACCAUGAAGGAGAAGUGAACCGAGCCAGAUACAUGCCGCAAAACCCCUGCAUCAUCGCCACCAAGACCCCCACUUCGGACGUGCUGGUGUUUGACUACACCAAACACCCAUCCAAGCCAGACCCCAGUGGAGAGUGUAGUCCAGACCUGAGACUGCGGGGGCAUCAGAAGGAGGGGUACGGUUUGUCCUGGAACGCCAACCUGAGUGGAAACUUGCUUAGUGCAUCGGACGACCAUACGAUCUGUCUAUGGGACAUCAGUGCUGUCCCAAAGGAGGGGAAGAUAGUAGAUGCCAAGACCAUCUUCACAGGGCACACAGCUGUUGUGGAGGACGUGUCCUGGCACCUUCUACAUGAAUCGCUGUUCGGCUCUGUGGCUGAUGACCAGAAACUCAUGAUCUGGGACACACGAUCUAAUAACACCUCAAAGCCUAGUCAUGCCGUGGAUGCCCACACAGCUGAAGUCAACUGCCUGUCCUUCAACUCCUACAGCGAGUUCAUCCUGGCCACUGGCUCGGCAGACAAGACUGUUGCAUUGUGGGAUCUGCGUAACCUGAAGCUGAAGCUUCACUCUUUUGAGUCACACAAGGAUGAAAUCUUCCAGGUCCAGUGGUCUCCACAUAACGAGACCAUCCUGGCUUCCAGUGGCACAGACAGACGCCUCAAUGUUUGGGAUCUAAGUAAAAUCGGAGAAGAGCAGUCUGCGGAGGACGCAGAGGACGGGCCACCUGAGCUGCUGUUCAUUCAUGGUGGGCACACAGCUAAGAUCUCUGAUUUCUCCUGGAACCCAAAUGACCCUUGGGUAAUCUGUUCCGUGUCAGAGGACAACAUUAUGCAAGUAUGGCAGAUGGCUGAGAACAUCUACAAUGAUGAAGAGCCGGACACCCCUGCAUCAGAGCUGGAAGGGCAGGCGUCGUAAUUGAUCUCAUUAAAGAUCUACAACACUUUCAUGAAUUCCUACUCUUCAGCUUUUGCUUUGCAGUAUUAUUCAGUAAAUUCCAUAAUCGUAGUUCCUACUCCAUACAUACCAGAUACUUUAGCCAUCACAGGGUCCUUCUGUAGACACUUUUCUAAAAAGUUUACCCCUUAGAAGUUUGGCGAAAGACUGCACCACUUGUUCAGUCACUUCUGAGAAGUUACGGCCUGGUGUGGCUUAUCACAGUUUUAGUUUUUGUGCAUAAACCUGGUGUCAGUUUUCAAUAAAUCUUUUGUAAUAACUUUUAAAAUGAUUUUGUAUUCCUAAAUUGUUGAUAACUCCCUGUACUUCACUUAUGAAAAUAAAGUACAGCUCAACUGUUA